CAGGGCCCCAGGAAAUGAAGUCAAAUCCUAAACCCAUUAACAAAAUUAAUCCAGCCCGAGCCAGAUAUGCAAACUGCCCACCUAAUCUGUGGAUUGACCAGGGGCCCUUGGGGGCAAAGGGAGGUGGGCCCGGAGUGGUCACGAGAAGGCAGCACCAACACAUUCACACAUGCAUGUACGCAUGUACACAGUCCAGGAGAUAGGGCAUUGCCGGCUUGCUCCUCCUGGCCAGGCCGGGCCUGGAUGCUGAGGAAAUCUCUGCUACUGUAAAGGACAGUCCCUUCUUUUUUCCUUGCCGGACGCCCUAAGUAGACCUCUGGACCCUAGGGCAGGGAUGGUAGGAGUGAAGGCUCCUCCCAGAAGCCCUAAUUCAUCUCUGAACCCGGCCCAGCAGUGGAGCUCGAUCAACAGUACUCUGGGAAGAACUCUCUUAUACCAGGCAUCAUGCUGCUGUGGUCCUGCCCCCUGUACUGGUUGCUGCUACCCUGGGUUGCCCCCUCUCAAGGAAUCUACCAGCAGUCGACUGCUCUACACCCUUCUACAUGUGGGGGCCUCAGCCACCUGCUGCCUCCUGCUCUCUCGAACAGUCCUGGACACCCUCUGGGGCAAAGUAUUGAUACCCUCUGGGCUAUGUAGUACUCCCUCUGGGCAGGAUGAGUGCCCAAUACCGAGUGGCUCUGGGGCAGUGUACCGAGUAUGUGCUGGCACUGCCACCUUCUACUUGCUGCAAGCUGUGAUCCUGAUUAAUGUCAACUCUUCUACCAGCCCCCGGGCUCGGCUGCACAAUGGCUUCUGGCUCCUGAAGCUGCUGGUCUUGCUGGGGCUCUGUACUGCUGCCUUCUACAUCCCAGAUGAGCAUAUCUUUCCAGCAUGGCACUAUGUGGGUAUCUGUGGAGGCUUCGCUUUCAUCCUGCUACAGCUGGUACUCAUCACAGCCUUUGCACACACCUGGAACAAAAACUGGCUGACAGGGGCUGCCCAGGACUGGCGCUGGUUUGGGGCAGUGCUGCUGGCCACGCUGGUUUUCUAUAGCAUAGCUGGAGCGGGAGCAUUCCUUCUAUUCCACCACUAUACCCAUCCUGCUGGCUGCCUGCUCAACAAGGCUCUUCUCAGCCUGAACCUUUGCUUCUGUGGCAUCCUCUCCCUCCUCUCCAUCACUCCCUGCAUCCGCCUCAAACAACCCUGCUCUGGCCCCCUACAAGCCUCCAUCAUUAGCUGCUAUAUCAUGUACUUGACUUUCUCUGCAUUGUCCAGCCGGCCCCCAGAUAGGGUGUUACUUCGGGGACAGAAUCGUACCAUAUGCCGGCCUAGUGUGAGCAAGGUAGGAGCACAGACACUGGACACCUCUCUGACCAUUCUGAGUGCCGGCAUCAUGUAUGCCUGUGUGCUUUUUGCCUGUAAUGAGGCUUCCUACCUGGCUGAGGUGUUUGGCCCUUUGUGGAUGGUCAAGAUUUACAGCUAUGAGUUUAAGAAGCCCUCCAUUUGCUUCUGCUGCCCAGACAAUCUCUCACCAGAAGAGGGAGGGCCCGAUGGAGAGGAAGCAGACUCAGGUGCACCACAAACACCUCAUCGACUCUCCUACAGUUACUCUGCUUUCCACUUUGUCUUCUUCCUCGCUUCACUCUAUGUUAUGGUCACUCUCACAAACUGGUUCAGUUAUGAAGGAGCAGAGCUGGAAACCACGUUCACAAGAGGUAGCUGGGCUACCUUUUGGGUCAAGAUCGCUUCAUGCUGGACCUGUGUACUACUCUACUUGGGAUUGCUACUGACUCCACUUUGCUGGCCAGCCAGUGGACCCACUCAACCUGUUCGUGUUGUACGUCGUCGAUGCCGUCGAAUCCAUGUCUCUACUUAGCUGGAGUCUAUCAGCUGUUCUGCCCCCAAUAAUACUGGACCGAGGAAACAGGACACAGCCAAUUACAAAAACUAGGGUUUUUUAGCUCUAUCCUUUGGAGCUAAGGGCAGAACAGCAAACACUGCGAUUAUGCUGUUUUGGGAUAUGAUGGACAUGGCCCUGGCCACAACUCAAUCCAGGGAGGAAGAUCUCCAACUCUCUGGGCCAGCAGCUCUUGGCAAAGAACCGACUCCCUAGAGUCAGCAGCUAAACACCUGCUAUCCACCCCCACCUAACUUCUCAGAUCUCAGCCCUCUAGCUGGAAGGGAGGAAAACUGGUCAAUAAUACCAGACGGAGGGGGAGUGGUAGGGGAAGGGAGAGAGAAAUUAAAAACAGAUAAAAGAGAGAAAUAGAGAAAACACACUGUUCUGCUUUGGACAAAGGAAAGUAAAAUUGGUUCUGGAAUUAGUGAUGCAGUCAAGGAUUAUAGCCUCCAAAAGCAAGCUUGGCCCUCAAGAAAGCCCUAGGGCUAAGGGAUAGGGGCUUUGCCAAGUUUCAGUUAUGAUCUUGGGGACAAAAGGAUCAUCCUAAUCUUUGAGGAAUGACUGCCACUGGAGGACAGACAUACCAGGUGAUUGAGCAAAUUAAUUUCCUACUGACCAGGCAGACUGAGGAAGAAGGCAGGCACAGAAAGCAACACCCAAGAAAACUACCAUUACACAAUGAACUUGACCCCUCUCUUGCCUUGAGCUAAUUUUCAGAAGCAAAUUUAGAAGAGGGGAAAAGUCAAAAGUAUAAGGAAGACAAAAGAAAAAGAAAAUGACCUGAGGCUUAGGGGUCUUCAGAAUUUCUCCACACACAACUCAGUGUGGUCAAUAUAGAAUAAAGGUGCUUUUUUCUAUAAUCUGCUUCUUCCCAUCAUUUAUAUCAAGCUUCAAACCAACUUUUUAAAUGUUUCUC